AUGACCGUUGACGUUGCAAGUCCGUACCCUACUCCACAGAAGAGUCUUGGCCAUGUGGUGAACUAUCUUUCUGGUAGUCACGACUACGACAUCCCAAAGGAAACCAUUGACCUUGAAAUCGCCAGCUUACGUAAGAAGCUUCAGGCAAAGCCAACGUUCAACCCAAACCUGGAGUUUGACCCAAAAAAACACUUUAUUUUCAAAGACGAAUACUACAAGACGACCAAGCAGUGCACUUUGGAGGAGCUGAACAUCAACCGGACACGUGUUCCGAAAGUUUGCGAGUUUGGCGCCGCUUUCCCGUUCCCGUUGAUUUCGCAGGAGGCCGUGGACAUGUUGCUUUGGGAGGCCAUGUUGCCCGAAGUGAUUGAGGAGUACGCUCGUUUGCCAAACUUGGCCACCAAUGCCACUCGUUUGGACUUCCACAUCGGCGGUCACUGCACUAAAAAGGCCCCUUUCAGCAACGCUCUGUUCACCAGUCCUGAGUUGCUCAAGAUUAUCGAGGGAUUCACCCACGUCAAGGUCAAGCAGGUGUACAACGCCGAGUACGGCCACUUCAACGUGUCGCUGGCAAGCCAAAAGCCCGAGGAUGUGGCCGCAAUGGAGACCUCUAGAGAGGAGCAGCUGCGCGAGUACGAGGAGCAAAACAAAAAGUCCGGCGACAAGAUUCCGUCCACUUUGGGACUGCACUACGACUCGUCUGCGUUUGCUCUGGUGAUCAUGCUGGACAUUGGCGACAACGCGAUCGGCGGCGAGACCGGAAUCAUCACCGGCGACAACAAGGUGUUCCGUGUCCCGGACCCAAAGAUCGGCUACGCUACGCUGAUCCAGGGCAUGGUUCUGCGUCACGUGGCCACGAAACCGGUCACCAACUCCAACAGAAUCACCGCUGUGGGUGGCUACUGUCUUGCCGGCCCAGAAAAGCUCGACAACAAUCUGCUCACCACCACCAAGCCAUCGAUCUUGCCUCGUGCCAAGUACAACGAGUUCUACCGCGACUGGUGCGAGUUCAGACUCUCCAACCUCGAGAGCCACCUUAAGUACUACAAAGAGAAGCUGCUGGCCGAGUUCGACGCCGGCGUCCAGUUCGACCAGCCAGCUUUCAUCAAGGAGUGCGUCUACAUGGAGAAGUACCUCAGAAAGACCUGGGACGAAAUGGAGGCGUCCCACAACCCGCCAUAUCCGCCUGCCCAGUUCAGUGUCAAGUACGAGGACUUGCCUGACUACGAACAAGAUUAA